ACCAAAAAAGAGAAAGGAAAAGAGAGAAGAAAACAAGGAGCGGGUAGCCGCCUUCUAGUUCUGACAACUGCAAAGGGACCCGCUGGGCAGAAGUGGCCAGCAGCCCAGGGCUCCGCUUCGAGGGACCUGAGACCUGCCCACCGCAGAGGGGCGCAGCUAUCUCCCUCCUACCCUGCCCACCCACCCCCUGUGGGUUUUGUUCACCGGGCUGUCAUCUGUUUUUCAGACUUGUAUUUUUCUUUUUGCAUCUAACAUGGUGAAGAAAAGAGUGAAGAAAAGAACAAAGUAACUCCUGCGGGAGCGACCUAGCAAGCGCUGGUGACCCAAGCAGCCACCACCCGCCGCCACCAGCUGCUCUUGCGGCCACCCACGGUCCACCAUUCACGGGGAGACUCGAGAGACGCGGCUAGGGGAUCCCCAGCACCCAGCAGCAGCAAGAAGAGGCACCCGGCCCUUCCGAGGAGUUAUGGAUGUUGGUGUAUUCACUUCUGGCCAGAUCCGUGCCCCGAGGGAGCUGACCAACCGCCGCCACCUCCUCCAACUAUCUCCUUGUCUUGCACCAGGUCUUACCCUUCCAGUAUGUUCCUUCUGAUGAGACAAUCUCCAGUGCCCAGAGUUUCAGUACAAUGUGGAAAUGGAUACUGACACAUUGUGCCUCAGCCUUUCCCCACCUGCCCGGCUGUUGCUGCUGCUGCUUCUUGUUGCUCUUCUUGGUGUCUUCCGUCCCUGUCACCUGUCAAGCUCUUGCUCAGGAUAUGGUGUCACCGGAGGCCACCAACUCUUCUUCCUCUUCCUCUUCCUCCUCUUCCUCCUCCUCCUCUUCCUUCUCCUCUCCUUCCAGCGUAGGGAGGCAUGUGCGGAGCUACAAUCAUCUCCAGGGAGAUGUCCGUUGGAGAAAAUUAUUCUCUUUCACCAAGUACUUUCUCAAGAUUGAGAAGAACGGAAAGGUCAGCGGAACCAAGAAGGAAAACUGCCCAUACAGUAUCCUGGAGAUAACAUCAGUGGAAAUUGGAGUUGUUGCCGUCAAAGCCAUUAACAGCAACUAUUAUUUAGCCAUGAACAAGAAGGGCAAGCUCUAUGGCUCAAAAGAAUUUAAUAAUGACUGUAAGCUGAAGGAGAGGAUAGAGGAAAAUGGAUAUAAUACCUAUGCAUCCUUUAACUGGCAACAUAAUGGCAGACAAAUGUAUGUGGCUUUGAAUGGAAAAGGAGCACCCAGGAGAGGACAGAAAACACGAAGGAAAAACACCUCAGCUCACUUUCUUCCCAUGGUGGUUCACUCAUAGAGGAAGACAGAAUUUGUGGAUAUCAAAGGCUCUUGGCCAAGAACAGUUACUACUCUUCAUGAACACAGUGGUACUGAAGGCAAAGACAUCGCAGACAUCUGCUCGCUUUAAAGAAAGGAAGCCUUUGGAGAUGUUUUCAUUCACUGCUGACAUACCUAUGAUGUUCUUUUCAUUAGCUCUGUGUCAUGCCUUAUAACCAAGAUAUAGGCAGAUUGAAUGGGAUGGAAAUUAUUCCCAAGCCAACAACAUUGUAGUUGGGUAUUUAUCUUUGUCCUCAUUGUCAUCAUUGCUGUUUGGUUGUUUUGGUUUUUUUCUUUUCUUUUCUUUUUCUUUUUUGGUUGAGCUUUGUUUUUGAAAUCUCUGAGCUAGAACAUGGAACAAUCUGCUGAAUGAUCUUUGGGAAAGUUAUUUAUGGAAUACAAACUCAUAUCAAAGACUUUCUUUGCUCAUUCAAGCCUAGUGAUUUGAUGAGCAGGAAGACAUGCAAGCAUUUACUGGAAAAGCACUUGGGUCAUACCAUAUCCACAGACAACCAAAGGAGCUUUGAGUGAGGUACCAUAGAAGAAUUGGAUAGGCGUUAAAACAUAACACAUUAGGGCGAAACUGUUCUAACAAUACAGAUAGUAUGGUAUGCUUGUGCAUUCUGCCUUCAUCCUUUUCUAUUUCUUUCUAAGUUAUUUAUUUAAUAGGAUGUUAAAUAUCUUUUGGGGUUUUAAAGAGUGUCUUCAGCAGUUGCCCUCUGAUUUACCUUCUCUUUUUUCCUUCGGCACACCACAUACAUUUUCAUCAUAAAUUGUUUAAAAAAAAAACCAACUUGGCACACACUUCAGAAAUAGGAGAUGAGAUUAGGGAAUCACUACGAGCAUCCCACGUGUUGUCAGUUGACUUGAUUUCCACUUCUGCAAUAAGAACCAUCAGUGAUAACUAUGGCAGUGUGCCACCAGGGCUUGGGUGAAAGAUACCUGCCAUCAUUUAAAAAUAUCUAUUACUUCUGAGGCUUCCAUUCCUGAAAAACAAUAGAUGGAAAAGCCUAAUAUUUCUUUUUCAAAUACAUUACUUCACCUCAAAGAAUAUAUUAAGCGAAGGAAAAUUAAUGGUUAAAUACAUUUUAGUAGCCAGGCCUCAUUAUUUCUUAAUUUUUUGCCAUAUUUCACAGCAGUAAGUGGUGAAGAGACUGCAUAUAUAAGAACCUUUUGUAAGUCCCACAUAAUUAAUUCCCCCCUAAAGGGACCAUCAAGGAAUUUGGUUAGAAGUAAAUUCUCCCAGGGGCUUAAACUGAGCAAAUAUAUCCUGGUAUAUGUGUAAUCAUAUACAGAAACCUGUUCAAGCUGUAUGAUCUAGUCUUUACAAAACCAAAUAAAACCCACUUUCUGUAAAGUUAAAGAGCUUUAGGAGGUUCCAUACUGUAACCAUAUCAAACUUCAUUUUGUUAGAGCAGGUAUAGGAAACAAUACAUAAGAUUACCAGUCUUCAACUUGUAUUCCACUAAAUAAAUACAUAAGCCUUAUUUGCAGUGUCUGUAGUGAUUUUUAAAAUGUAGAAAAAUAUUAUGUGCUCUAAAUACUUUUAAAUGAUAACUAUAAGACUAUAUUGAUGCUGAAGUUUUAUCUUCAUAUCUCUUGUUUUGUUUUUAAAAUCUGGUUAUUAUUUGGACACUGUAUUUUGGUGCAAGAAAAAGAAUCACCAAAAUGUGUCUUUUUACUAAAGUUGAACCUGGAUAAAAGCUGGUGCUCUUUGAUUCUCCUUUAACUUACUUGUACCAAUGCUUAACCAGAAUUUCUAUUAAAUUUAUUAUUUUAAAAUUAGCUUUAUUACCAAAAUUUCCCACAAAAUAAUUCCACACAGGUCAAAUUUUUAUGACUCUUUUAUAAAAAAAGUUAUUUCCCACAAAAAUGUAUUUGAGGCACAAUAUUUUGGCUUAAGUUGCAUUUUGUCAUACUUUUCGUCCACCUUUGUGUCAAAUAGGAUACUAGAAUGCUAAUUUUUUUGUAGUUGGAUACUGUAUGUUAAAAUUUACUUGGUAACUGUGUCUGAGAACUCUAAUAGAAUGUAUUUGUGUGGGAAGUAAGUAUCCUUUUCCUUUUUUAUUUUAAAGUAAUAAUUGUACCUGACACAAGAACACAGACCACCCAAGGCCAAAAUUAAAUGUUUGCUAAGACAAAUGUGGUAUUAGAUGACCACAGUAACAACAAAGAGGGCAAAACCUGGACUCUUAUUCCACAUAACCAUUUAGAUUACCAAAGAGAUUGUGUAUAAACAAUCAUCAUUACAGUACUCAAGACACUAAAACAGCUUCUAGCAAAAUGUAUCAAAGCUUGAAGUAUUCAAAAUUAGAACACAUUUAUCCCCUCUCCACCAACAUCAUCUCCCUCCACAACAAUCCCAUUAGAAAUAGGUACAGAAAUAGUUUGAUAAGGAGAAAUGAGAUUCUUCUACAUUUAAAAAAAAUCAAUGACACCUUUGAUCAAUUAUUAAUAGAUAAUUCUGGUCCCUUUUGCAACUACUGAAGGAAAAGAACUUUCAUUUCAGAAUGUCAUAAGAAGUGUGGGCCCUAGCCAAUAAAUUGAAGGUAUGUCAGCCACAAAUAUGUGUCUAUGUGAGUGCCAGUCCUGACAAGAGUCCUAAGGAUAGAGUUACUUCCUUCUCCUACCUCCCAAAAGGCUGAACAGUGUAUAGUAUGUUACAUUUAAAUAAAAACAAUAAAAAAGCGCUGGGAAAAGAAAAUACAAAUAUUGUCUUUGUUUUAUCAGCCUCAAACUCUACCUGGUAAUAAAGCAAGAAGCCGGAGGGUUGUGU